AUGCGGGACAUGCGAAAGGGAGAAGCAGCGGAGGUGAAGUGGAGUGUGGAUGUGUGGUGGAAAGGUGGAAGUUGGCCUCAGGCCCAAUCACGGGAAGCCAUCGAUGGACGAUCAGGCACAUCUUUGCGCCUCCAAUUCGUCAUCCUCCACCAACCCACCUCCCACAAUCCCCUCACUGGUCAAUCCCCAGCCAAAUCCCUGACGGGUGGAUUUGAUCUCCAGUUGGGCCAGUUAUAA